AUGCUGGGUGAGGGUGCGGCGACUCCUGGAAAUGAGAGCAGCACUGGCAAUGUGAGCAUCGAUAGCAGUAGCAGCAAUACAAACGUGUUUAUUUUUCUGGUGACUCUCUUUAUUGCCCUCAUCUUUGGUCGCUUCAUUGCUCAGCGCUUGUGGAGCGUUACUGGCAUCUCUGGACGCCACCGCCACACGCUUCUGCUCCUGGGCUUGUGUGGCAGUGGCAAGACGACGCUAUUCGCGCAACUGGUGGCGAAUAAGCGGAUCUCCGCUCGAACAAGUAUGCAGCCCAACCGUGCUGCCAUGGCAGAGCGUUUAGCAGAAGGCAGCGGCGUUGAUGACAGUUCGGCAUAUUCACCAUCUGUUGCUGCGGCAAAUUCCAACAUUGUGGUCGUGGAUUUUCCGGGGCACCGGCGACUGCGUGAGUCGCUCGCCCCCGCGCUGGAGAAUGCAAGGGAUGUCGUGUUUGUCGUUGAUGCUGUGACUAUACAGGAUGACCGCCACGAGGGUGCGCAGGCACUUGCUGAGCUCGUCGUGUCCGUUGUUACAUCGCCAGAGUUCUACGGUGUGCAGCGCGUCCUCGUGGCGUGUACGAAGCGCGACGAGCUGACGAGUUACUCCGCCAAGGCUGUGCGUAAGCUGCUUGAGGCGGAGAUUACUCGCUGCGUCGCCACACGGCGCGGCGGCGUUCAGAGCAUCGACAGCAUCGUCAACUCCGCGGGUGUUGCGGUGGGGCGCAAGGCGCACAAGGCAGGCGGCAGCAACGGUGGUUACGCACACGAGUUGUUUCUUGGGGAAUCGGGCAAGUUCUCCUUUGACGCAUUCCCUGUUCCUGUGCAGUUUGCGGACGUCUCCUCCUUGGCGGAGCCCGGGCAGCACCCGUUCAACGUCAACCCCGUUCGGGAUUUUGCGGAGGGCGACCUGUAG